AGAGAGAAGAAGCGAAUCCCAGCAGACCACUCUACUACUCUAUCCUCUUUCUUAUCCGCAAAAUCUGUUAACAGCAAAAGAUUGACGGAAUUGUACUUCAUCCAUAUAUCCGCAGCAUUUGCAAACUAAACUCUCUCUCUCUCUCCUUUGCAGUCAUGGCGGGUCUACUUGUACCCUCCUCUUCAGCUCUCUUACCUUCUCGAUUCCCCUCCUCUUCUUCUUCCUCAAAACUAUCUCCUUUAGUUUCUUCUAUAUCCUCAACUUCAGGCCAAAUUUAUGGGAGAAAGUUCAAUGGAGGAGGAAUUGGAAACCUUAUUAAAAAGGGAAGAUCUCAAUUUCAUUUCUCAGUGAAAAAUGUUGCUACUGAAAUCAAUCCUGCAGAGGCUAAAAAACGUGCCAAGGAAAGUCAGAGACCAGUGUAUCCUUUUGCAGCAAUAGUAGGACAAGAUGAAAUGAAAUUGUGUCUACUGCUUAAUGUUAUUGACCCAAAAAUUGGAGGUGUUAUGAUAAUGGGUGAUAGAGGAACUGGAAAAUCAACAACUGUUAGGUCUCUAGUUGAUUUACUACCUGAAAUCAAAGUGGUAGCAGGGGAUCCAUUCAAUUCUGACCCGGAAGAUCCUGAAUCCAUGGGUGUGGAAGUCAGAGAAAGUGUCUUAAAUGGUGAGAAACUAGAGAUUGUCACGACUAAAAUCAACAUGGUUGAUCUUCCACUAGGUGCUACUGAAGAUAGGGUUUGUGGUACAAUUGAUAUCGAGAAAGCUCUGACAGAAGGAGUGAAGGCAUUCGAGCCAGGUCUACUUGCUAAAGCUAAUAGAGGAAUUCUAUAUGUGGAUGAAGUAAAUCUUUUGGAUGAUCAUUUGGUUGAUGUGCUUUUAGAUUCUGCUGCCUCUGGGUGGAACACUGUCGAGAGAGAAGGAAUCUCUAUUUCUCAUCCUGCUCGUUUUAUCCUAAUUGGUUCAGGAAAUCCAGAAGAAGGUGAGCUUAGACCACAACUUCUCGACCGAUUCGGAAUGCAUGCACAAGUUGGGACUGUGAGAGAUGCGGAGCUUAGGGUGAAGAUUGUAGAGGAGAGGGCACGGUUUGACCAGAACCCUAAAGAGUUUCGUACUACCUACAAUGUAGACCAAGAUAAACUCCAAGAACAGAUAACUGCUGCAAGGAAAAUUCUUUCUUCUGUCAAGGUUGAUCGCGAUCUUUGUGUGAAGAUAUCUAAAGUUUGUGCAGAACUGAAUGUUGAUGGAUUGAGAGGAGAUAUUGUUACUAACAGGGCAGCAAGAGCUUUAGCUGCUCUGAAGGGAAGAGAUCGAGUAACUCCGGAGGAUAUUGCAACUGUCAUUCCCAAUUGUUUAAGACAUCGUCUUAGAAAGGAUCCAUUAGAAUCAAUAGACUCUGGAUUACUCGUCAUUGAAAAAUUCUACGAGGUCUUUGGUUGAAGGAGGUAAAUAAGCGCUAUGUUCUUCAAUUUUUGUUCGAAUGUUUGUUGGUUAAUCUUCUUUUAGACAACACCCGUUCUUUUGUGUUAUUUUCCUUCUUUCAUUUCUCAUGUUCUCUUAAUCCUAGUUUUUCCUGUAUAAGGUUCAUAUUUUCAGUUGGUUAGCUAGAUGAACACUAAGAAUGCCAAUUCAGAAACAAACUCUAAUCACGAGGGUUCUCGAUUUCGAGCAUUUUAGCUUUUACCACUGAACUGGGAUAUUCUGGAAUGUAAUGGUUCUGAAAUGAAAUUGAUCAAUUACGCCCUGUUCCUAGGGAAACCAAGGUAGCUCUUGACCGAGCUGCCAACAUAUAGAAAUGAUGGUUGGUUCCCAAAGUGGAUAUUUUUCUGUCA